AAAAUCUUAAUCAAUGGCGUCACCGUCAAGGACCCAACCCGCUGCGUGCAAUUUGUAGUUUCUUGGUGUAUUUCGCAUACUGGAGUUCAUUAUAAAGAUUUAUUCAGUUAUAGUGUUAUUAAACGUAAUUGAAAGUUCAGUGUAAGGUGCUAUGAAUAACGAAUUACAUGAUAAAUUUUAAAUUAAUUAAAAUAAAAGAAUUGAUAAAGGGACACUUGUAAAAAUAUAUCAUACACAACUAACAAGAUGCAAACAAUAAAAUGUGUCGUGGUGGGUGAUGGUGCUGUGGGUAAAACCUGCUUGCUGAUCAGUUAUACUACAAACAAGUUUCCCUCUGAAUAUGUACCAACAGUUUUUGACAACUAUGCUGUGACUGUUAUGAUAGGAGGUGAACCCUACACCUUGGGGCUCUUUGAUACUGCAGGUCAGGAAGAUUAUGAUAGACUGAGACCUCUAAGUUAUCCACAGACGGAUGUUUUCCUUGUUUGCUUCAGUGUGGUCAGCCCAAGUUCGUUUGAAAAUGUUAAGGAAAAGUGGGUACCAGAAAUAACUCAUCAUCAGCAGAAAACACCUUUUCUUCUGGUGGGAACUCAAAUAGAUUUACGAGAUGAUCCAGCCACCAUGGAAAAACUAGCUAAAAUAAAACAAAAGCCUGUUUCACUUGAGCAGGGGGAGAAACUUGCUAAGGAGUUGAAAGCUGUUAAAUAUGUUGAAUGCUCAGCUCUUACUCAGAAAGGGCUAAAGAAUGUGUUUGAUGAAGCAAUUCUAGCUGCUCUGGAGCCUCCGGAGCCUGUAAAGAGGAGGAAAUGUGUUCUGUUGUAAUUUGUCAGUCACAUUUACUGUGUCUACCAUCAAAAUGAUUACUGCGAUUAUGCGACCAGCAUAAGAUAACACUAUGUUCAUCUUAUUUUUAUUAUCAUUACUAUUGAAUAUGCCAUAACUAAAAAAUAGCAAUAUCGAAAUAAGUCUUGUGCUACAGUAUCCUAUUUGGGCUUUUAAUAUUUUCAAUAUACUUGAUUAAUGUUGUAAGGCAAAUUUAUAUGAUGUCAUUUGUCGGUAAUUAAAUAUUAACAUUUGUAAGUCAUUUGUACCUAUUAAUAGUAUUAUAUAAAACAAUUUUGAUACUUUAUAACCUAUAUCGAGUUAAUCAGUUUUAUUAACCAUAACAAUGUUAUGAAAUGGUUAUAUGCUUUUAAUCACAAGACUUUUAUAACUUUACAUUAUUUAUUGUUCUUAUGUGUUGUUUUGCAUAUUUGUAAUUUAAGAUUUCUAUAGAGGUGGAGAUAUUCAACAAGACUAGACAUUUUCAUUGCUCACUGAUACAUUAUAAGUUCCAAUAAAUUAAGAAGUUUACAUAAAUAUAAUAAGAAAAUUAUUACAAUACACUGUCUUCCUUGCUUUUGGAACAACACCAAUUUUAUAGCUUAUAUAAUAGUGUAAUAUGUUCUCAAAAUGUUUUCCAUCCAAUUUUCAUGGUUCAGGGUUUGUAUCAUCAUAGUGAUGUACUUGAUGCAACAGAAAGACUAAUAAUUACUCUAAAUAAAAAAAUGUCACAUGCUAACACAAAUCAGCUGUAAUAAAAAAUAAAUACAAACUAUCAAAAUAGUCACAUUUACUAACUUAACAACUAAGACAUAAAAAUAAUUGAAAAUUUACAAAUGAGAAAAUUUUGACAUUAAUUUAUUUUUUUUAAAUCAUUAUAUCAAAGGCUUUAAGUACUUCAUGGGUUACUGAAUAUUCCACCUCUUAAUAAUUAUUUAAUCGGUAUUUUGAUUAGAAAAAACACAUGUUUGCGACGGACUACUAGGUUUAACCAUAUUAAUUUCUCUAAACAUUCAUUAACAAUUAAUUUUAUGAAGUCGAUGAGAUUAUUGAUACGUGGUUCUCUACGCGUACCACUAAUAUCAUCGUGGGGUUAACUAUACAGAGUAUAUUAUGGUGUGAAUAUCAAUUAUUAGAAUUAAUCUUUAGUAAAAGUAGCAUUUUUAUCACAAUGUAUCGCUUUGUGAAUUUUGACUGAAUUGAAAGUAUUCAUUCCGUAGAAUGUUUUUGCAUUUUUCAUAUACGCACUGCAAUUUUUAUAAGGAUAAUACAAUGUAACCGCUUGCGCUAAUAUUAUGCAGCAGAUGCCAUUGUCCCGGUUUUAUACUCUGUAUAUGCUGUUGCCUCGACACAAAGAAACGCACAGGGACAUACCACCAAGUAUCGCUACAGUAUUGUUUCCUCACGCCUUCCUCGAUAAUUAUGCUCAGGUAAUAGUGUAUGUAUGUACUCAUGGUAAGAAAGAUUUUUAUACAAAGAAAAAUGCAGUGCAUUUCACUCACUAAUUUAAUAUUACUCUUGUUUGUAUGAAUAUUUGCAUUCAUUAUUAUAAUUAUAAUUGCGUUUUGAUUAUACCAUACUUUAUG